AUGGCGGUCCCUCAAAUCCAAAUCGCUGCUGUUAUCGAGCCCACCAAAACGCCCGUCUCCGCAAAGGUGGGGAUUAGGAGCAAUCGCCCGGUCCCAACCCCAGGAAAAGGCGAAAUCCUCGUCAAGCUCGAGUUUUCUGGAGUGUGUCACUCGGACAUUCAUAGCAUCCGUGGUGAUACGCCUAUGUUGACUGAUGUCGCCGGUCAUGAAGGUAUUGGGAAAGUAGUCGGAGUCGGACCGGAAGUGGACGAGAAGCAAUGGAUGGGAACGCGCGUUGGUAUCAGGUCUGUCCCCAGCGAAACCCAGUCAUCUGGUAAGAACCACGUUGACGAGUCAUUCGCACCAUUAGGUGGCUCUACAGCUCUUGUCGCGAGUGUGAAAUUUGCGAAAUCAACCAUACCGCAUGUCCAUAUCAGAGAAAUGCUGGUGCAAACGUACCUGGAACUUUCCAGCUAUAUUGUCAGUCCAGCGCUGCAUGUGACAAAGAUUCCGGAACAGCUCUCGCCAGAUAGUGCCGCACCUCUUCUGUGUGCUGGAAUUGCGAUGUACUCUUCCAUCAUCAAGACCAAAACUCGCCCGGGAGAUUACCUUGCCAUCCUUGGUGCCGGAGGUGGUCUUGGUCAUAUGGGAAUCCAGAUUGCCGCCAAGAAAGGCAUUAAGGUGAUUGCAAUUGACAGCGGAGAAAAGAAAAAGCAACUCUGUCUUUCCCUUGGGGCUACGGAAUUCCUAGACUACAGAGAGGUCGAUAUCGUCGAGGCAGUCAAGGCCACGACUAAGUUCGGUGUACAUGGCGUGAUCUGUACUGCCAACGGUGAGCGGGCAUACGAGCAAAGUAUGCAGAUGCUGCGCCCUCUUGGCACGCUGGUCUGUGUCGGUAUUCCUAGCAGCCCAUUCAAGCUGCCAGCUACGCCCUUUGAUAUGAUUGUCAAGGGUCUCACCAUUGUUGGAAACUCGGCUGGAACAGCAGAUGAGAUGGAUGAUUUGCUAGCUAUGGCAGUAGCUGGCGAUGUCAAGGCGCAUAUUGACAUCUUCGAGUUGGAUGAGAUCAAUGAUGUGUUGGACCGCCUGGAGCGCUCGGAGAUUGAUGGCAGAGUGGUUCUGAGAAUCCCACAAUAG